UAGAACUGACAUCUCCCAGAACUUACCUGAGCAGUUUAACUGAACCAUCACCAAGAAAAUGACUUUCCAAACCUACAGCUUGUUUGUUCUGUCUAUCAUCAUGAUUUAUUUUGGACGUGUUGAAAAUAGAUUUAAUCUUCUUCAACUUCAAGAUGAUAUAGACAAACUGAAAGCUGAUUUUAACUCAAGUCAUUCAGAUGUAGCCGAUGGCAGACCAAUCUUUACAGGGAGAUUGUCAAACUGGACAGAGAGAAAUGAAAAAAGGAUCAUCCUGAGUCAGAUUGUUUCCAUGUACUUGAAAAUCCUUGAAAAUACUGACAAGUCAAAGGCGCAUGUCAGGAACAUAACUGAGGAGCUCUAUACUCUGAAAGAAAGCCUUUCUGAUGGCUCAAAGAAGAUGGAAUAUCUCAAGGACCUGACAAAGCUUCAGGUGAAUGACUUGAAAAUUCAACGCAAAGCUGUGAAUGAGCUGUUCAGUGUCUUACAAAAACUGGGAGAUACUACAAGUUCUUACAAAAGAAAAAGAAGCCAGUUUCAGAGGGAGUGCAAGUGCUAAUGCCAUCUUAUGUUCUUUUGUACAAAUCUUGUUGUG